AUGGAAGUUGAGGAUCUUUUCCCUACACAGGAAGAAAUAUUAGCCGGAGGCCCUUAUCAAUGUGACGAGUGUGGUACAAUUGUUUCACAUGGAAGAGCAUUGCGACUACACCGAGUUCAAGUACACAAAAUUAUAGAGACUCUUUCUGAUCAAAGAAUUCUCAAUCCAUCAAUUCAAAUUCCCAUUGAAACUUCUAUCAAAACCAAACGAUUUCACUGUUGUGAUCAGAAAUGUAUCGCAAGUUCAAGAAGUUUCUUAUCAAUGAAGCUUUUGAAACAGCAUUUUCAGAAAUGCCAUGUACCCAAAAGUUUAACUUGCCAUCAAUGUUCCAAGCAUUUUUCUCUUGCUCGAGAUUUAGCUUUUCAUCUGAAGAAGAAAUGUAAAGGAACAGGGAAAAGAAUGCUUGGAAAAGAAAUGAUUCGCACCAAAGAGGAAUUUAGUGUCAAGGUGCUGAAUAAUGGACAAACCUUGAACUUUACCGGACCAAUGCCAGAUGAAGGAUUUUCUCUGCUAAUCAGACGCAGUGGGAAUAGUGGAGUUCACGUGGAAGUAGUGCCCAAUAAUUCGAUGGCCAAUGAUCUCGCUAUUACAAAUCUAAUCAGUACACAAACUGAUAUAACCUGUCUCACACAGGAAACGCAGUCAACAUCGAUGUUCGACUGUGAUCACCAUAGGCCCAGCACUUCAUUAUGGGAAGCGAACGAUUAUGUGAGACAAAAUGUCUUUUGUCAAACUGCAUCCUCCUCCGUACCACCCACAAAUGAUUUUGGAACGCAAAUCGAUUCCAGUCUCGCUGAAAAUUACUUGCCUCAGAUGCGACAUGUGGAAACAACAAUGGAUCUGCCAAUUCUAGGAGAAGAUUGGCGUUCAAUUGAAACCCAAACCACGUGGACUAACGAAGAUUCGUGCUUCUAUAAUUGGUACGACGAAGUGGGAUCGUUACCCGAAAGGGAGGAUGGAUCAACAAGAAAUGGAAAUUUGGAGUUGAAU